UGAUGAAUAAAUUCUUAAACUUCCGCAAAAGUGAAGAGCAACGGUUGGAAAACAAUCCGAAUUUAACAGUUGGUGAUGUGACUACCGUAAAUAUAACUACGAUCAAUGGGGGCAUUCAGCAAAAUGUGGUACCGCCAGAAAUAACAAUGUCGGUCGAUGUGAGAAUGUCGGUGAAUAUCGACUAUGAACAAUUCGAUCGUGAUAUCAACGAUUGGUGUAAACAAGCUGGAGAUGGAAUUGAAAUUCAAUUUAUUCAAAAAUUGCAACGCAUAGAACCUACUAAGCUUGACGAUAAUAAUAAAUAUUGGUUGGCUUUCAAGAAAGUUCUCGUCAAUGAUUUGCAACUCAAAAUUAAACCGCAAAUUUUUCCAGCCGCAAUUGAUAGCAGACACUUGCGUGAGAUUAAUGUACCAGUGAUUGGAUUCUCGCCUAUGAUAAUACACCAGUGUUAUUGCAUGAACAUGAUGAAUUUAUCAAAGCAAGCACCUAUCUCGAAGGGAUUACGAUUUACAAAAAAUUAUUACUCGAAAUAGCCAAUCUGUAAGGGAAAAGUACAAUGUACGUCUUUGGCACCAAAUUUAUGGAAUGAAAAAAAAAAUUCAAUUUGAUUCAAAAAUGAGACAUGA